CUAAAAAUUGAAGCCAAGUUUUGGAAAUUAGUAUAAUGGAGGAAAUAUCGUUUUUCCCUUUAUAAAUACCCUUCUCUGAGUCCCCCUUGCUUCCAUUUUCUGCAUAUCUUCUUGUUUAGAUUGUGGAAAAGAAAAGAAGUCUAAGAAAAAACCCAAAAGCUGCAACUAUGGCCUAUGAAAACAAACCCAACACGGUCCUGGACUCUGAUGCCCAAAGAAGAUUGGGAAGGGGAAAGAUCGAGAUCAAGCGGAUCGAAAACACCACCAAUCGUCAAGUCACCUUCUGCAAAAGGCGCAAUGGUUUGCUCAAGAAGGCCUAUGAGCUCUCUGUGCUCUGUGAUGCUGAGGUUGCUCUCAUAGUCUUCUCUAACCGUGGCCGUCUCUAUGAGUAUUCCAACAACAGUGUUAGAGAAACAAUUGAACGAUACAAGAAGGCAUGUGCAGAUUCUUCAAAUAAUGGAUCUGUCUCUGAAGCUACUACUCAGUACUAUCAGCAAGAAGCUGCCAAACUGCGUGCCCAGAUAACCACUUUGCAGAACAGUAACAGGGGUUAUAUGGCUGAGGGUUUGAGCAAUAUGUCUAUCAAGGAGCUCAAGGGCGUGGAGACCAAACUUGAGAAAGCAAUUAGCAGAAUUAGAUCCAAGAAGGUAUCUCUUCCAUCUGAGUAUUUGAUAUUCUUUGUGGUGGAUUUUUGCAUAAUUACCACUGACAAGUUUUCCCUUUUUUGUUUACUUUUUAUUUAUUUAUUUUAUUUUGAACUCUCUCAGAACGAGCUCUUGUUUGCCGAAAUUGAGUACAUGCAGAAAAGGGAACUUGACUUGCACAACAAUAACCAGCUCCUCCGAGCAAAGGGACAGAUAGCUGAGAAUGAGAGGCACCAGCAAAGCAUAAAUGCGAUUGCAGGUGGGCAUGGAAGCUACGACAUCAUGCAGCCGACUCAGCCAUUUCAUGAGGCUCGCAACUAUUUUCAAGUGAAUGCUUUGCAACCCAAUAUCCAUCAGUACUCGCGCCAUGACCAGAUUUCCCUUCAAUUAGUUUGAUAUAUGUAUGCUUGGCCUGGUUUCUGCUGACUUCAUCUUCAAUGGAGGGUGCAUAUGUGUUAUGGCAAGAGAUGAAAGCUAGCUAGCUACAAGUAGCACUUUGUUAAGUAGGAGUUAAGCAGAAACCAACUUCGCUUUGUGGUUAAUUAAUUAAAAAACCUCUCCCACAGUUAGUACUGGCAUUACACCAAGUACUAAUUAAAAGGGGAUAUCUUGUUUGUAUAAUUAUUACUGAAUGCUGCAGCAAUAUGUACUAAGAUUCUGUGAGAUACACUUUUAACAGUUGAAUUCAUCAUUGAUCUUUUAUAAUAUUUGGUUUGCAUC